AACUGUCACUCAUUUCUGUUUUUGUAUAUGUAUGCACGAGCUUUCUCUCUCUAAAAUAUACAUAAACAGUGAGGAGAGAGAAGCCGAAAAACCAUGGAGACCCUGCGCCUAAACUCGGCGAUAUCUCAUCUUCUCCAACCCGACCCGACCCACUUAAUCCCCAAAGGGACCCGCGGGUUGAGGAUGGCUAACUUCAGGCCUUUCACCAUCGCCGCCACGCUGUCUAAACAGACGGCGGCUGAGAUUUCUCCGAACCCGCCCUCUUCGUCGGGCGUCGUGACGCGCGAAAAUGGCGCGUUUCAGGGCUCUCCGCUGCCUCGGAUGAGGGUCUCGACUGAUUCGUUGCGGUACCCGGCUGGUUACGUUGGGGCUGUGCCGGACCGGGUGGUUGAAGAGGACGAUGAUGGGAUCAUUGAUGCGAUGAGUUACUUGACUAAUAUACUUUCCUCCAAGGUCUACGAUAUCUCCAUUGAAUCUCCGCUUCAGUUGGCUCCCAAGCUCUCGGAACGGCUUGAGAAUAACAUUUGGUUGAAGCGGGAAGAUUUACAGCCUGUUUUCUCGUUUAAGCUCAGGGGAGCUUAUAAUAUGAUGGCCAAGCUCACCAAGGAACAAUUGGAUAAAGGGGUUAUUUGCUCUUCUGCUGGAAAUCAUGCCCAAGGAGUUGCAUUAUCUGCUAAGAAACUGGGUUGUAAUGCUCUGAUUGCUAUGCCUGUUACCACACCAGAAAUUAAGUGGCAAUCAGUUGAGAGGUUGGGGGCUACGGUGGUUCUAGUGGGAGACUCUUAUGAUGAGGCACAAGCUUAUGCAAAGAAACGGGGUAAAGAGGAGGGUCGUACGUUUAUACCUCCCUUUGAUCACCCAGAUGUGAUAAUAGGCCAGGGGACGGUUGGGAUGGAAAUUGUGCGCCAAAGCAAAACCCCAUUGCAUGCUAUCUUUGUACCCGUUGGGGGUGGUGGGCUAAUUGCUGGUAUUGCCGCCUAUGUCAAGAGGGUCUCUCCGGAGGUGAAGAUUAUUGGGGUUGAACCAGCUGAUGCAAAUGCAAUGGCAUUGUCAUUACAUCAUGGGCAGAGAGUGAUCUUAGACCAGGUUGGAGGUUUCGCAGAUGGUGUAGCUGUUAAGGAGGUUGGGGAAGAAACUUUCCGUAUAUGCAGAGAACUUGUAGAUGGUAUAGUUCUUGUUAACCGUGAUGCCAUUUGUGCCUCAAUAAAGGACAUGUUUGAGGAGAAAAGGAGUAUUCUGGAACCAGCAGGUGCUCUUGCUCUUGCUGGAGCUGAAGCAUACUGUAGAUAUUAUGGUCUUAAAGGAGAAAAUGUUGUAGCAAUAACCAGUGGGGCAAAUAUGAACUUUGAUAAACUGAGAGUAGUGACUGAACUUGCUAAUGUUGGUCGCAAACAAGAGGCAGUACUUGCAACCCUUUUGCCUGAGGAGCCUGGGAGCUUCAAGCAGUUUUGUGAACUGGUAGGGCCAAUGAAUAUUACUGAAUUCAAAUAUAGGUACAGCUCUGAUAAAGAGGCUGUUGUUUUGUACAGCGUUGGUGUUCAUACAGCUUUAGAACUCAGUGAAAUGCAAGAGCGAAUGGAGUCUUCUCAACUUAAGACUCACAAUCUCUCAGAAAAUGACCUGGUUAAAGAUCACUUGCGUUACUUGAUGGGAGGAAGAUCACAUGUUCAAGACGAGGUCCUUUGCCGUUUCAUAUUCCCAGAGAGACCCGGUGCACUGAUGAAGUUCUUAGACGAAUUCAGCCCUCGAUGGAAUAUAAGUUUGUUCCAUUACCGUGGACAGGGUGAAACUGGUGCAAAUGUAUUGGUUGGGAUCCAGGUACCAAGUUCCGAGAUGGAUGAGUUCCACAGUCGCGCAGAUGGUGUGGGAUAUGAAUACAUAGUGGUAACCAACGACUGUGAUUUCAGACUUUUGAUGCAUUGAUUAGGAAUGAAAUCGGCCUAAGUUUCAUCUCAGCUGAAUAGCCUAAAAGGCUUCUUAGCUUUAUUGCAAAAAGGCUAAGACAACCAUGGAGGGUAGUAGAACUAGAAACCCUCGUGAUGAAAAAGCCACGGGUCAUAGUUUUUAUGCCAUAGAAUAGUCCCCUUCUUCCUCCCAAGUUUUGUAUUAUGACUAAGUUAUGAUCAAGAUCUAAGCAGGGACCGCCGGAUAUUUUUGGAUAUUUUUCUUGUUUGUGCCCAUAACUUGUACUGAUCUGUCCCAGAUAUUUUUUUCUUCUUUUUAUGUUAGUAGUAGUGAACAUUGUUUUUGUUUUUUAAA